AUGGAAGACAAUUCCCUGACGCUGAGCAGCUGCUGCAGCGAGAGUAGCGGCGCAUUUGAAGAAAGUGCCGAGGGCAGCGAACAUUGCAGCUGUAGUGUGUGUCAGGCGCAAAACCCAGGGGGUGAGGAACAAGACCAAAGCUCUCGAAACAGCGACAUAAGCAGGCACUGCAGUUGCUGUUCAGAAAUAGCGCAAAGCAGGUCCGCCUCUAGCGACGGGAGGACGUCGACCGAAAUGGAACAUCAAAGUCUGGGUCUCGCUCGAUCAGUGGCAGAAGCAGUGACGUCUGCAUUUUCUAGACCUCCAGUCGCUCUGCUCGGGUCGCCAACCGUCUCGGUUUUUUCCCCUCCUGAUUCAUGUACGGCAGCUGAGAAAAGGACGCUCCUUCGCAUGCACCAACAGGCACUCCUUGCUCUCGCGAAUUCAUCGGACGCAGUCUCAGUGCGUCUCCACACAUCCACCGCUCUGCCGCCAGGUCGCCUAAAGGCCACCAGACGGUGCAGUCGAGGGCCAAGUCGAGGACGUCGGAGUCGCACCACAAGCUGCAAGCGUUUUUGUCGUGGCCAACCGAGAAGACGCAGGUCACGAGAAGCAUGCAGCAGAGAAGCUGGAGGACAGGCUAGAGGCGCGUUUGCUCCUGGCAACCGCCCGCUGUCGUCGCCUGAGGCUGCCCAGCGGCCUUCUGCGACGGAUACGAGUUUCAGCUGUAUGGAGGGCGUUUGUUCUUUCACAACGGCGUCGGCUGAUCUUCCCAAUCCCGUUUCGGACUCCACAAGCUCGCCUGCAGAGCCGUGGAUAUCCUGUGGCGGAUGUGGUCAUAGACGGCCAGAACUGGACUCCAGCUGUUCGUCAGGACACGAAAUCCGAGCUGGCUCUCCACGUUGGAACAGUCGCGCGGAGAGAGUCAGGAAAGGCCAAAACAAAAGAAGUUACCAGGGGACCUCGUUGGGAAGGAGAUUGGCGGGAACUGAAGAGCGGGACACGUCAUAUCUGUCCGUUCGCGUGAGGGGAUCUGGACCUUCCAGGGAACGGCGUAACCAAAACCUCGUUCCUCGAUCCGGAUCGCACGGGUGCGCGAACGCAAACCGAAUUUCCCAGGAUGCGACAAUCGAUGGAGGGUUUGUAACGCCAUGCGGGACUCCGGUCACGUUUCUGUCGACGGGGAAUGCAUCUUCGGACCUGAGUCAGAACGUACAGCCGGCAAUCGUCCGCCACGGACGAUCCGAUGGCCUCCGUGGGCCGCCGCUAACUCCUGAGGACCAUUGUCCAGUUCACUGUCCAGAGCUGCCAACACAACGAGGUCGAGAAGCCGCGUUUGUGGUAGAUAGGGAAGGAACACUGACAGGCGGGUCUUCUACGGGGCAACAAACGUCGAAAGGCAGGAGCAAUUUGGAGGAAACACCGUCUUGCCACACUAAACACGAGGAAAGCUUCCCACUGGAUCAGGCUCGUCACGCCAGGUCUUCAGAACGACAGCCUGAAGGCAAGCUGAAACCUCUUGAAGACAAACACCCUGAUUGCCCAGUGCAUGCCCGCGGCAUAGCCUCACCGACGCGUGCAGGGCGAACCGCUUCGACUGCCCAGAUCGAGGUCGCUUUCCACAAAGAUAGGACCAACAGGAGCGAUGCCAAGCACGCGAAAACGCAGCUGGAGGAAACGCGUGGAGAGGCUGGUUGCCGUGGACAAAAGGACACGGGUUCGCGAGAGCUCAAGCGGUUACCGGGGGACCAGGACAACUCCAACCAUACCGCCGCAGUCCGUGUCGGAGAGGAGCGGCCUCACCUAGACAUAACCAGUGCCUGUUCCUCGUACCCCAGGAAACCUCUCCCGAGUGAUUCUCCCGCCUGCGUACUCUCGCCGCCACAUCGUCAAUGUCAGCCAAGACACAGAUCGCGCUCAAAAACCCAGGAAGAUUCCCGUUCCCGGCGUCAUAAUGACGACACCAUCGCGACGCGGUCGCUGGCGGCAUCUCCCGAUGAUCUCGCGGACGCCGAGGCGUACACAAUUGCCGCGAUUCGGGGCCAGAUCUCUUCGAGCGAGGACGAACCGGCCGAAACGCGAAAACUGAGAGACGAAGUCGCCACACUUGUGAAGCAACAUGCACAGGAGAAGAGGCAGACUGCGGCGGCGCAACAGAUGCUGGCCGAGGCAGAGGCAGCUCGAGCAGCAGCGGAACAGCAGUUACAUGAAGCGGAGAAAACCCAGCAGGAGCUCCACGCGAAGCUGGGGCAGGCUGAGGAAACUCUUGAGGGUCUCCUCGAGCAGGUGCACGAGCUGGAGAGGACUGAAACCGCUCUGCGCGAUGCUCUGGCCGAAGCGCAGGGGCAGAAGGCUGCUGCGGAACGCCAGCUGGAAGAACGGACGCUAAGUCCACCAGUUCCUGCUGUUCGAGUAGAGUGCCAGGAGGAAGCAAAUUUGGGAAAUGUAUCAGGAGAGCCUCUCGACCAGGAGGCGCUUGCGACAGCCUUGGAAGACCUGAAGGCAGGUCGUGAGCGGGAAUCCCAGGCGAAACAACAGCUUGAGAAGCUGCAGGCCGAGGUCACAAGUCUGGAGCGGAGGCUCGCCACUGCGGUUCGCGAGAAGGUCGACGCUCUGGAGGCGGUUGCGGAAUACCGCGAGCUACUGGAGCAGCAACGCAGCCAAUGUGAAGCCUUGAGAGAACAGCUUUCCGCUCAGGCAUGCCAGCUGACGCAAAGUGAGCAAAAGGCGCGGCGCCUCUCACAGAGUGCAGAGGAGCAAGUCGCUCUGUUAGAGCGUGUGCACCAGAUCCAAGCUCAGCAGAAGCAAACUCGCGCCAAGUGCCGCAUGCGUCAGGAGCAGCUCGAGACGGCCUUGAUGGCGAGGGAGGAAGUUUUGCAGCGGCAGAACGAGGACUUGUUGCUGCUCCGACUGUCGGAGGCGGAGACAUCUCGCGAACGGGACGCGGCGACGCUUGAGAGGCAGGCCUCCUCGGAACGUCACGCCUUUCAGUGUGAGGAGCUCCAGCAGUGGCUGUGGUCUCUGAGUGGCAGAUUGGAGCGGCAGAAAGAUGUUAUCAGACAAAAGGAACUGACCCUCAGAGAGCAUCCUCUUUCGCGGCAGCAGUCGUCUGAGCGGCAUAGGCUACACCAGGAAGAUCUCGAAGAGCGGCUGUUUGCCGAGCACCUGGCGCGACUCCAAUCGCGCGAAGAGCGGCAGCGACUCGAAGAAGAAAUCGCCGAGCUCCGGCGCCAACAGGCCAACGUGCGCCGUGCACUUCAGGAGCUUGAGCCUGGGAAGAAACGCGACGCGAUGCGUAGGCUCCGGGAGAGCCGUACUGCGGACUUUCGCUUCGUUCAAUCGGAGAAAGAAACGACAGAGCGCGACGCUGGGCGUCGUUCGGACGACGCAGCGAUGGCGGCUGAAGGGUCAACGCCCGAGAAACUCCCGCAGGCGGCGCACUCGGUGCGGUUUGGCGUCAGUGAGCUUCUACGUUCGCAGAGAUCCGCCGAGAUGACGGCUGUUCGGGCGCAGGUCGAGACUGCCGAAGCAGCCGUGCGUGUGUUGCAAGACGAGCUGCGACAGCCUGAGGUUCCUCGUCGGUGUUUGGACGUGUCGCGCGUCGAAGGACCCGAAGCAGAAGCAAGCGAGGCACUGAAACCAGACAGGCCAGGUAGAGCCAGUGAGGAGUCUCGGGUUCUGUUGAAGGUGCUCGGAUGGCAAAUUACUGCAGCAGCGGAGCGCCUGGGAGCAGCGCGGUGCCGGGAGCGAGAGUUCCUUGCUCAGGUCGCAGCCCUGGAACAAGGCUGGACAGCGCGGAACUUCCGAGAGGGAACUGCGGCGGAGGUGACAACCGGGGCCGCGUUGCAGCGUUGCCUCGAGGGACGGAAGAUGCUCCAGGAGGACUUGGAAGCGAGCCUUUGGCAGCUAGAACGUGGCCUAGCUCUCGCAGAAGCAGAGAGAGACCGCGAAGCCCAGGCGGCAGCCAUCGCCAGAGAGCAGCAGGCGCUGCUGGAGGCUCAGAAACAGGCCCUCGAGCGACUCGAAGAAGAACUUCGCAGCAAGACCGAAGCGGAGGAGACGGUCCAGCGGGAAGUGCUGAAAAUGGUGAGACGAAUUCAAGAGCUCGAGGUCAGCGAGGAGCAGGGGACUGAGCGGUUAGCCGACUGUCACGCAGCCCUAGCUGAAGCAAUGCGGCAGCUGCGGGCGGCGGAACAGGCGGAGAGGGAACUCCGAGAGACUCAGCGUCGUCAGCUGGAACAGAGGAAGGAAGCGGGUCUGAAAGAAGAAGCCGCGCGUCGAGAGGAACAGGCGAAGACGGAGGAAGCGCUACGGGAAGGCGCGAAAACCGUUGCGGCCUUGUUGGUUUCGAAACUCGAAGGAACAGCCGCUGCAGCUGCAAAGGUGCAACAGCUGCAGUGUUUGGUCGCCGAGAAGGAGGAUGAAAUCGGCAACCUCGUCGCCGAGCUCGAGAGCAAACGCGAGGCGUUGGAAGCCGAGAAAUCUCGACACGAGGCGUUCCAGGCGCUCUUGCGAACCGAGCAAGAGUCCUCUCGACAGCUUGAGGCCCUCCACGCGGCUUGGCAGGUCGACGGGGAGACGCUGUUGGAGAUGCAGACCAGUUUGUCGAGCGACAAGCCGCGUCCUUUGCAGAUGGCCGUUCUUAAGCAGCUGCAGAGUCUGGCGCAGCAUCGAGAGAGACACUGCGAGGACCAGGACCCGCACCGGGAUCCUGCUGAGGAUGAAGAGGCCGCGGAAGCCGCUCGGAGAGGGCGGCGAGAGAUGGAGAGGCAAGUUGUUGCUGUCGUGCAGGCGCUGCAGCAAGAAGCGCGCGAGAGGCGGACGAUGAGGAUUGAAGAACUGGAAGGCGCGGUUCGCGAGCUUGAGAGACAGCGCGACGCGGCUGAACAGCUUGCUUCGCAGCGCGGCCCCCAGGCGAAGCAGCUGCUUCAAGAACUCGAGGACCAAGAGAAGAGUUUGAAGGCAGUGCAGGAAGAACGAACGCAGCUCGUAGAGGAGUACAAGCGGGAGACGGAAGAGGCGGCGAGGGCUCUGGCGGUGCAAAGACUGCAUUGGCAGGAGUCGCGGGAAAGGUGGCAGCUGCAGCACGAGGCGGGUGCGUCCCGGGAAGAGGAGCUUGCGCGACAGCUGGAGACCGCGUGUGUAGCUCAUGCCGGCGAUGUCGAGCAGCUGGAGCUCCAAGCGGCGGAAGCAGAACGAGCUUUGACGGAAGAAGCGGCGAAGGUUGCUCAGCUUCGGCAGGCGCAGGCAGACCUGCUUGCUCAACAAGGUGCGGAGCGCGCGGCUCUUGUGGACGGCCACCGAUCCAGGGAAGAGGCUCUGCAGCGGCAGAUUCACCUGGCCACGGCGGAGCUGGCGAGCAUGCGAGACAGGUGCGAAGCCGCCGAAACGCAUCUGCAUUUCCACAGGGCCCGCGAGCAGGCGCUCGCUGCCGCGGCUGCGAGGGGCUGUCUGGAGUGCGCCAAAGCGAACGCUUUUCUCGCGCAUCUGUCCGCUGCAGAGCAGCGAGAACACCAGCUGAGGCUCGAGAAGACGACGCUCAAGCAUCAACUGGACCAGCUGCAGGAGGAGCGACGGGAGGAGAGCCGCCGCUUCCAGAGACUCCAGCAGGAACAAGAAAAGGUGCAUGCGGCGCAACUCGAGGAGCUGCUCGGUGCGCAGGAACUGAAGACGCAGCAUCACGCCCAGGCCGCAGCGAGCGCCCUCGCGAAAACCCUCGCGCUGAACGGGGCUCUGCGCCAGCUGGAGAAGGCCGACUGCGAAGCGGUGUGGCUCCGCGAGGAUCGGCUGCGUUUGCAGAGGGAAGUCGAGCGCACGUAUGCCCGGCUGGCCGAGCUUCAGAGCUCCGAACACCAGCUGCUCGCGCAACAGGAGCACCAGUCGGCUGCUGCUGCGGCGGGCGGCCUGUUGCUCCAGAUCGAGGCGCGGCACGCCUUCCGGAGGCUCGAGGCAGUCCAGCAGGAGUGCGAAGAAGUGACGCAGGAGAGGCGCGAGCUGGAAGCGGAGCUGCAGAGGGCCAGAGAGGCGGAGCGCAUGCACUUGCAGAGUCAGCAGAGAGCCUUUGAGGACGAGCGCCUGCAGCACGAGGCCGCUCUCUGUCGACUCCGCUCCGACCUCCUCGCAGGCCAGCGCCUCCUUGAGGAGCAGUUGGAGACGGAGCGCGCGGCACGCCUUCGGGAGCAGCAGGUGCUUCAACAGAGCAGCCAGCUGCUGCUGCUUCGUCUGCACUCUACGGAAAAGCGGCUGAAGGAUCGAGAAGAGGCCGCCGCCGCAGCGGAGUCUCGCGCAGCCGCGGUGCGACGCCUGGCGAGUGAGGACCGCGCAGAAGGCGAAUCCCUGAAGGCCGAGGUCGCCCGCCUCAAGGACAGUUUCCAGAGGUCGCAGGCGCUGCAUGCAGAUCUGAGGAAACAGUUCGAGGAGGAACGCCUGGAGCUUCAGAGCGAAGUCGCGAAGCAGAAACUCCAAGCAGAAGAAGGCCUUCAGCGUCUGGAGGCACUGGAGGCUCUGGGCCGCGAGCGUGUGGAGCGCCACGAGCGGGAACUGGCUGCGGCGCGUGAGCACCAACGCGCACUUCUCGAAGAAGCCUUUGAAGCGCAGCGCAGAGACCAAGAGAAGGUGUACCGCGAACAGCUGGAGCUCGAGCUGCAGACGCAAAGAGAAGAGGCAGAGCGGAGCUUCGCGCGAGAGAAAGAAGCGUUGAUGGAAGCCCACAGCAGAGCCCUUCUGGAGCGGGAGAAGCAGAUUGAAGCGCAGCGAAAGGAAUUUGAGGCGACAGUGGAGACGCAGAGGGCAGAUUGCGAACAGCGGCUCCUCAGCAGUGAGGCUACCCACGCGAAGCUUCUUGAGGAGCAUCUGGCCAAGCAACGGGAGGCACUGGAGGAUCGCCAGCGGACAGCUCUCGAGGCACAUCUGGAGAGGCAGCGCACAGAGUUGGGCCAGCAGCGGCGAGAGGUCGAAGCGCAGCUUGACGCUGAGCUGACGCAGAGCCGCGAAGCCCUCCAGGCGCAGAAGGAGGCGUUCGAGACGGAACUGGCUGCGCAGAAAGCGAAACUUCACGAGCAGCUAGAAGGGAUUCAGACGCACCAGGAGCUCCUCCUGCAGCAGCAGCGCGACCAGCAGCAGGCGGAGUUUCGGCGCCAACUGGCGGAGCAGGAAGCGGAACUCGAACGACGGAGGGACAAGGAGAUUGCGGCGGCAAUUGCGCAGCAAAGAGCAGAGUGGCAAGCGCAGCUCGAGGAGGCUCUCGACGAGAUGCGCACGCAUCUCCAGGACAAGUGUCGCCGACAGCACGAACAAGACCUCGCCCGACGCCUCUUAGAAAAAGAGCGGGAAAUUCAGGAGGCUCUCAGCCGCCAGAGGCUCGCGCUGGAGAAGGAGAUGGAUGCGAAGCUCGCCCAGGCGGAGCAGGUUCGAGAGGCAGAGAAGAGACGGAUUCAAGACGAGGCGAAUGCGUUCGUUCUAGAGAGACAGGUGAGCUGCGAGAAGCGACUCCGGGUCCAGCAAGAGCAGUCCGCAGAAGACCACGCGCACGCGUCUGCUGCUCAGCAGUCGGAGCUUUGGGAAGCGGAACAGCUUCGCUUCGACGCGCUAAAGCAGCCGUUGCGUGAGGAGUGCGAGCGCCAGCUGCAGACGGAGGACGUCGCACGCUCUCUUGAGAACCCGAAUCUGGCGUCUCAGAGAGAGACGAGGCUGCUGGAGGUUGAAGACCAGGCGGUAGCUUCGAAGAAGUUGCCGCGGCAGGAAGCCCAUCCUCUGGAGAACCACACGAAGAUCCUCUAUCAGUUGCAAGAGGCGGAGCAACAGCAGAUAGGGGAAGCCCGGAAAGCGAAAGAAGGCAGCGCGUCGCGAGGCGAAGGGCUGGCGGCUGAAUCCGAGCAGGAAUCGAGCGUUCAGAAGCAGAACUGGACGGAGGAGAGCUUGCCGGAACUUGACGAGAACGGAGAAGAAAAGCGCGGGCGAUGGGCGGAGGAGACUCGCGCGGAGAAGGACCAGAUGGAGACGCAGGUGGCUGGGCGACAUGAACGGGAGUUCGCGUUGAUGGGAGAGAAGCGUGAAGCCUGCGGGGCUUACCUGGCAUCGCAGGAGAGUGACGCCAGCAAGCAAAGCAGCCAGAAAACACUUGAGGAACUGGCGACGCUAAAGAACCCGACUGGGGCGAGUCACCAAAAGACAGAGGGAACGCCCCUGGCCGUACCGCAUCCAUCUGCCGAAAAACUGACUCCGGCGCUGGAGAGCAACGGAGCGGAACUGGGCGGGCAUGCCAUCGCGCGCAACAAGAACGAUGCGUCAGAGGCUAGCCAAGAACAGACGGCGGGCGUGCAGGGCGCGCUUGACAGGGGACUGGAAAGCCUGCAGCAAUCCUCGGCGGAGGGGAGAGAUCUGGACCAGGAUCAGCAGCGGGGCCUGUCGCAACCCGGCGGUCCGUUGGAGGGCGAGAACGCGGGCCAGGGCGAUUGGCUGCGGACCGCCACAGCUGACGAGCGGGAGAGCGAGGUGGAGGCGAAGCUGGCGAAGGCGCGCGGGGAGUUGCAGCUCCAACUGGAAGCGAAACUCGCAGUCAAGGAGCUCGAGUUGCGAGCGCAGCUUCACGAGGAGCUGCAGAGACACCGGACGCGCUUCGCGGCGAAAAUGAAGGAGAAAGAAAGAGAAGCAGAGGAAAAGCUGCAGCGGCUGAGAGACGCGCGGCGCGGGUCGGCUGAACGGGCACGCAGUCGCCAGCUCCAGUUGGAGCGCCAGCUGCAGGAGCUCCAGGGGAGGGAGAGAGCGCUUCGUGCCGAGCUGGAAAGGCACCGAAAGUCUGAUGAGCCCACGGGAGCUUCUCAGGAGCAGUUUCAGGCAACCCGGCCUCUCGAGGUGACACAGGGAGGCGCCGAAUCGCGAGAAGAGGCGCACGCGCCGGAGAGACUCAGCGAGGCGCGUGCACGCGAGCAGGAGCUUCGAGAAGCAGCCACCGCCAGGGCGCGCAUGCAGCGCAGCGAAGACGCACUGCAGCUGUGCCUAGAGGACCUGGCGACGACCCGACGGCAGCUGGAAGAGAGCCGGCGUCAGGAGGCAGAAACGCGGCGGGCUCUUGCGUCGGAGACCGCCGAAACGGAGCGGCUGCGCCGGCAACUCGCCGACGCCACACAGCAGAGGCAGCCCCAGACGGCGCAGGAGGGGGUGCGCAGUGGCCGAGAGCGCCCGCGGGACGAAGGCGUCCGCAGCGACCGGGGAGUCGCAGCGACUGCAGGGGCCGAGGUGGAAGAGCUUCGAAAGGAGCUUGCCGCCACAAGCGAGGAGAAGAAAAAGCUGGCGAAGCGCUUUGCAGAGGUCCAGGAAAAGCUGGAAGCUGAAAAGGUACAGCGGGAGGAGAGCUGCGAGUGGCAACUUGCGAGAAGCGAAGUGAAGCACACAGACGGUGUAAAUCUGCAUGUGUCGGAAAUAACGCGAUUGGAGAACUCAGAGGAGGGAGCAAACGCCGGAGCCGAGCUGCAAGCUCAAGACGCGGAGAGAGAGGUCGAGAGCCGACACGGCCAGAGAAAAACCGUGGAAAAAAGAGAGGUUGCGAGUCGAGAGAAUCUGGCUGCUCAAGAGGCGACGCUAGACGCGAGUCUCCAGGAGGGCCCGGAAGAAACAGAGGUGGGACGCGAGACGCACGGAACGGCGAAAGCAGCUGUAGACGCGAACCUAGCCACUACCAGGGCAGGCGCCGCUGGAAUCACAGCCAUCAUAAAGAGGAGCGGAGAAAAACGACGCGAGACACCGGAGGCGCUUGAUCUCGCUCAGACAGUCGCGGAGCUCACACGGGAGCUUGAUGCGAAAUCUGCGCUUGUGCAGAAAUAUCAAGGCCUUCUGAAAAUAAAGGAUGCGGCGGCGCUGCGGCGGUCCGCCAGCAGCCAGGAGGGGCGGAUAGUCUCUCGAGACAGUUCCUGUUUGUGCGUUCUCGUGGAGGACCAGGAGGCCCUGGAGGCGCAGCGGAGAGAGGCGGAGGAGCUGGCGCGUACGAAGGCGGAUCUGGGUAGACAGAAAACGGAACUGAAGCGUGAGGAAGAGAGGCUGCAGCGCGAAACAGAGAAGCUCCGGCAGGCUCAGGAAGCGCAUGCAAGAGCUCGCGACCAGCUGCGCGAAGAAGCUAAGCAGGUGCACGAAGAAGCUCGGCAGCUUCAGGAAGGUCAAGCGCAUUUCCUCGAGGCGCAACAAGAAUUGGACAGGAGACAGGCAAGUCUCGAGAGAACUCGCGCAUGCCUGGCGGUUCAAACAGAGGUGCGACAUCGAGAAGAACAGACUCCUGAACGGCCGAAGGGAAGUGCGCAUGACGAGCGAGUGGACGCCAAGGAGACAGGGGGGGAGUUGAGGCCGCCCCGUGGAGAGCUUGAGAGAGCCAUAGUCGCUGCUCAUCCAGCACAGGCGGCGCUCAGGGAAGAGAACGCGCCAGCAACGGGGUCUGAACCUUUGGAGCGAGACACACCGUACCGUCUGCUCCCGACCAGCCCACUUGCCGAGCCUGCGCGGCGUGCCAGCGCGUACAUAUCGCUUCAAAAAAGGCGACAGACGGGGGACAGGAGGCGGAGGCGCUCUGCGCUCGAUCUCUCUGAUCUCGACCCUGUCUCAGUGGAGCUGCAAACGCUGCAGGAUCUGGUGCACCAGAGAGACUUGGAAAUCCAGAGUUUCGCGCAGGCGCUUCUCGUGCAGAGCAAGGCAUCCCGCGAUCACCUCUCACGACAGCGGCCGCUUUCGCAGCAGACGCUGAGGGACAUCGCUGCAAACUCAGCCCUCCCUGAGGGCUUAGACCCCUUCCCCCGCGCAGGGGUGUUGUCUACAAGCAAGAGAAGUGUUUCUCCCGAGCGAUUUGCGGAGCGUCCCGAGGAGACACCGAAGCGACCCCCGAACUGGUUUCGUCACCAGGACGGAGGAAAAUGUCUGGCGGGGUGGGCAAGAGAAGCGAUCUCCCCCCAGGCCAUACAGACGAUGAGGGCCGCGAGCUAUGCUCGUGGAGUCCCCAGCGCGGAGACAUCCUCAGAUGCUCGCGCAUCUACAGAAAAGAACCUCCCGGCAGCUCCGCGUCACAAGGAGGGGGAAAUGAUGGAGCCGCGACUUGAGGCCGGCCAGCCGCACGAUGGAGACGAAACGCGAGGAGGAGCGCAACGACGCAGGCGCGUGGAGUCUCCGAAUGCGGGGCCUCUGGCAGCUCCCCGACUCGGAGGCGACGCCACUCGACACGAGGGUAGACCAGUUCUCAAGGACGUUUGCACGUUUGCGAAAGAAGCAGAACGAACAGGCAGAACUGCACAUGGACGCAACCUGGGAAACAGCUGCUCCACCGAUCAGGAGACCCUCGAGUUGAUCCGAGCUUUCUGGCUCGCAGCUUGUCCCCCUCCAGCAGUCGAGUCGAGACUUCUGUCCUUGUUCAGCCCGCUGCUGAUGUAUCAGCUGACGCACUACGGGGCUUGGACCGUUAUGCCUUCUCCCGUUUCUCGCUUCGACACAGUGUCCUCUGCGGCUUCACUGGACCUCAAGUCAAGCACAACGGCCAGGGGCUUAGUAAGCUCGGGCGAACACGAACGCACCCGCGGGCACUGCGCAUCCCUUGGCGCGGAGCAGGCAUGUUUAUCCCCAGUUCCCGACCGUGGACUGAAACUGUCUCCUUCCUUGCCUCCUCGCAAGGGCCACAGUCCCUGUGCGGAGGCCCCUGUGUACGUCCUCUGUUCUCCGCUCGUCUCGAGUUACGCCGCUCUUCUCGCUCCUUCGUCUGCCUCGGAGUCAACUGCCGUCUUUCUGCUGUCUUCCUUCGGAGCAGAAACGGCUCAGAUUCGCGUCCAGACAGUUCAGUCCUUCUUGCCGAGGCGCGAACAGGACUUCCCCUGGGGUCCGAGUGCGACGAUGCAGGCGCCUCCCUCUGUGUCGCUCUGCAGCGCCCCGACCAGUCGACUUCCAGGCAAGUCAUCAGAGCCCUGCCAGGAGACAGAGCGCCGGAUCGGGCCUGUUCUCGUCCGGUUGCAGGAGUGCAGCUGCAUCGCCACUGGCGGUGUCAUGUACCUUGAGUUCUCCCUGACCAAACGCGAGGGUUCAGAAGGCGAAGGCAGACGCAUGCAGACGGAGGACGGAGAGAGACUCUCGGACAUCCGGAAGGUAGACGCUAGACGGGGGCACGAAGCUCUUCCAGCGCACACGCCUUGCCGAGGUAGUCAUCAAGGCGUCCCAAGAGCACGUGGCCAGCCAUGGCCUGAGGCAAGCAAGUCCCCGAAUGCGCCUGCGAGACGAGGACGGCAAUCGCUAACGCGAACGCGUUUCUCGCCGAGCCCGCAGAGCCGGGGAAAGACACUUGACCCUCUGAGGGAGACCGCGGCAGCAAAAAGAGGCGACAGAGCCUUUUCUCUCCACCUCGUGUCGCUCCCGACCGACGACGGACUCGUUUGGUUCCACUUUCUCGAGUCAGGAAGCGCCAGCGAGCAUGGGCAAACUCGCCGCGAGACGCACACAAGUCUGGUGGGGCGGGGCCCGCAGUUCUUGUCUUCAGUGGAGGACGGGGCAAGUACAGCCUUCGUCCGAGGGCGAGCGAAACCGGUCAAGAUUCAACACGCACUGACCGGACUCUUUAUGAAGCUGAGCCCCGCCGAAACAGACCCUUCGGAGUCGGCGUCUCGGCGCAUUCAAGAGGAAGGGUACCUGGAGCCACAAAUCGCCGCGCUGGUCACAUACGCGAGAGAAAGAGGGGCAUUUGAAGCGGGCGCCGCUUCCCAGCUUCAGAGCCAGAGUGACACGAGACGCGAUUGUGGCUAUCGAGUCGAGGAAGACGCACAACUUCUCGGGAAAAACCACGUUCGAACCGCGAUCGAGACGUUCGAGCGAAAUCGAGAACACGGACAGAUGCGGGGCCUACGGGGUACCCACGACCCCGACGAGGCUACGGUUUUUCUGCUCGUGGAACAGGAUGAAUUGAGACAGAGAACGAUGUACGGGAGGAACCGGCUCGUCCAAAUGUUCCAGGAUGCAUUCUCGGCGGCGAGACUGUAG